AACGACCGAGUGUUGUGUUUGCUCUACAUUUUGACAUUUAGUGCGUGUUCCCGCGUUUUAUAUAGUGUUUUUUUUAUAAAGAUUGAAAGAAGAGAGAUCAUGUUUACCAAAAUUGUGGGUUUGUUAAUCGUGACUUUAGUGUACGGUGAGCCUCCUGUUCAGAAUUACAACUAUAACCCAACCAGUGGGUUUGGUCUUGCCAACAGUUAUUUACCUCCAAGAACGGGUGAUCCUAGUAACAGUUACUUACCAAGCGACCGUGGUCCAGUCUCCGGUCCGGACUACAGUCACGGACAUGACCAUGAAGUGCCAAAAUCAUACGAGUUUGGUUACUCAGUAAAGGACUCUCGUUCAGGCAAUGACUACGGACGAAGAGAGAAGUCUGACGGUCAUGAAGUGCGCGGAGAGUACAGGGUGUUCCUGCCUGACGGUCGGACGCAGAUAGUGACAUACCACGCGGAUUGGAAGACGGGUUUCCACGCCGACGUGAGAUACGAGGGUGAGGCCACCUAUCCCAACAACGUACACGGUGGAUAUAACUACAAUGCACCGACAGAUUUCUCUGGUUCUCUGACCGGUUUCCAUGGCAACGAUGUUUCUAAACAAACAGUUUAUGAUCAAAAUAGUUAUUAUUGAAGUGAUUUAUACAAAAGCACU